GAUAACUGCUGUUGGAGAUGGAGCCGCUUUUAUUUUGGGUUUAAAAAAAAAAGGAGAAACGCGCGUCAUGGAUGAAUAUUUGACUGAUUUCAGAGUGAUCUCCAGGCUUUCCUUUGAGCUCAAUGACAGGGGGAUCUGACGAGGGAAGGUGGAGGGAUGGAGAAUGCCAGUCAGGUCAAACCAACGCCUGUCAUCUACGGAGAGCUGUUGAACAUCUCCACCAACGACACCCAUGUCAAUUUCACGUCGAAAGCGGAGGCGAAUGACACUAACUUGGCUUUCCAGGCGGGUCUAGCUGUGACUUUAUCCCUCAUAACUUUCGCCACGACGCUCUCAAACGCGUUUGUCAUCGCCACUAUUUACCAAUCCCGAAAAUUACACACCCCGGCAAACUUUCUGAUCGCCUCUCUGGCUGUCACGGAUCUGCUGGUGUCCAUUUUGGUGAUGCCCAUCAGCGCGCUGUAUACUGUGAGCCAAACGUGGACAUUAGGGCAGGUGGUGUGCGAUAUCUGGCUGAGCUCGGAUAUAACGUGUUGCACCGCGUCCAUCCUCCACCUGUGCGUAAUUGCGCUGGACCGCUACUGGGCCAUUACGGACGCGGUGGAGUACUCCAAGAAGCGCACGCCGGGGCGCGCAGCCGGGAUGAUCGCCACCGCUUGGGUAAUCGCCAUCUCCAUCUCCCUGCCGCCUUUCUUCUGGCGCCAGGUGAAGGCAGAGGAGGUGACGACCUGUAACGUGAACACGGAUCACAUUUUCUACACUAUCUACUCCACCUUCGGCGCUUUCUACAUCCCCACGCUGCUUCUCAUCGCCCUGUACGGGAGGAUUUACGUGGAAGCCCGAAAGCGCAUCCUGAAGCAGUCUCACAAGACGGGGAAAAGACUCACCUCGGCGCACCUGGUCACCAACUCCCCCGGCUCGGUGGCGUCCACAACCUCCCUGAACUACGGGACGAACGACACCUCCUCCUGUGACACUACCUCGUCCGCGAACUUGAGCCAAGUGAAAGUCACUGUGUCCGACGCGCUGCUGGAGAAGAAGCGGAUCUCCGCCGCCAGAGAGAGGAAGGCGACCAAAACUCUGGGAAUAAUCCUCGGAGCCUACAUCAUAUGCUGGCUCCCGUUUUUCAUUUACACUCUUCUAGUGCCUGUCUGCGAGUCCUGCUUCCACCCGGAGUUAUUUGACAUUUUCACCUGGCUGGGUUACCUCAACUCCUUAAUCAACCCCAUCAUUUACACCAUGUCCAACGAGGACUUCAAACAGGCUUUCCACAAACUACUACGGUUUAAAUGUUGCAGGGCAUAAACGAUUAUUACCAGCCACAAUUACCCCCAUUAAAUCCCAUCUCUAGUCAUCUGUAUAAUGCCAGAAUUGAAUCAAACCCACCACAAAUAUUUCACUCCCCAGGUUUCCCCUGAGGGCUACAACGCCAAUAUCCAGAUUGUUUAUGAUAAUGUGGCUCCAGAAUGAGCUUUGAGCUGAUAGAUGAUACAGAGGACUGUGGAAAAUGUAUUGACCUGCCAUCCAGUCUGCAUUGUAUUCUCAUGGCUCUGUGUAAUGAAUGACAGCCAUUUCUUAAUCAUUGGAAUUUUUAGAGAGAAAUAGCCUGCUGUUGUCAGUGCAGAAGAGAAAUCUCGGAGGGUGUGAUGAUGAUGAUGAUGAUGUGGAAGCACUGUGCCUGGUUUGCAGUCAAUAGUCUUAUAAUAAUGACUUGGAGAAAGCCCAUAGCCCCAGAUGCAGGGGCCCCGCCUGUAUGUGCUGCACUGGACUGUGGCCUACAGACUCACUUUGCCAUAUGAGUUUGACAGUCAACGUCAGUUGGCUUGUAAGCACAAACAGCUUAGGACUAAGCUACCAUGAGCCCCAAGGGCAAAAAAUUACAUUUGUGUUUCAUUUUCCUGACUCAAUAAGGGGAAAUACUGGUGCCUACAAGUUUAGUUUUGUUUCUCAGACGUGCCUGGCCCAGAUAGAGAUAAAAGCAUGAUUUUAGUUUGCAGAAAAGAUACAAAUUUGGUUCAUUCUUGUGGCCAGUGUAUGUUUUUUUCUUUUCUUUUCUUGCUGUGACUGAUGUUCACUUUAAACAAGGCUCCAAACUGAGUGUAAAUGUAUGAAUCUGUAUGCAUCAGUGUGAUUUUUAUCUUGAUUUUGCUGAAGAGGAUUUUCGCUCAGAUGAAUGAGUAUCGUACUGUAAAAUAAGUGACAGAAUGAAG